UCCUGGAUUUGGUCAGAGGUAUGAAUUCGUUUGCCGAAGACUGAGCCGUCGAGGACUUUGAACCACUCAACAAAAUUCAUGUUUUUUUCUUCAAGUAAUGGACAUUUGAUUACUAUUUUUGCCUCCAGUUCGUUCCCGAAGGAAAGGCUAGCUUUUACGUAUCACAGCCCCACCCAUACGAAGUCUUACAUUUGAUAUUAAAACCAUGAAGUUUGACGUCAUUAAAUUAAUGAAUUAAGAUAUAUAAGUGCCUGAAAAGCACAUCAUAAUAUACCCGAGACGCUGGGGAUCUAUAGUAACAAUAGUAUGGCAGGCGGACCAGUGGACCCCAGGGAGAUUCUAAAGGGUGUUGAGUCUCUGCUGGGGAAGGAUGGGGAACUCCGUAGCUUGGAAGGAGUCCCAAAGGUGUUUAGCCUGAUGAAAGCUUCUACCAAGAUGGUCAGUAGAUGUAUGUACCUGAACAUCCUGUUGCAGACGAAAUCUCAUGAUGUUCUUAACAGGUUUAUCAGAGUCGGUGGCUACAGGCUGCUCAACUCCUGGCUCACCUACUCCAAAACCAACACCAACACUCCUCUGCUGCAGCUCAUUCUGCUCACACUGCAGAAGCUACCUCUGAAAGUGGACCACCUUAAACAGAACAACACAGCCAAGCUGGUGAAGCAGCUGACAAAGAGCGCAGAGACUGAAGAACUCAGGAAGUUGGCGUCUGUGCUUGUAGAUGGCUGGAUGGCUACAAUCCGGUCCCAGAGUGUCUCGAGCAGUGGCAACUCUCCUGCUGAUAAGAAAAAGAGGAAAGAGGAGAGCAAGUUGCUGGUGCGGGACGUGAAAGAAAAGAGUGGAGAUGAGGACAAGAAGAAGGAGAAACCUAAAGCCCACGCACCCAGCCACACAAAGAUCCGCUCCAUAGGACUGGAGAUGGACACACCCAACCCAGCCCCAGUUAAGAAGGCACCCGCUGCCCCACAGCUGGGUGACAAGUACAACAUCAAGCCUCCAGUCUUAAAAAGGCCUAGCUCUGGUCCAUCAGAUGCUCCACCUCUGGAGAAAAAAUAUAAACCUCUAAAUGCCCCCUCUAACUCUGCCAAAGAGAUCAAAGUCAAGAUCAUUCCAGCACAACCGAUGGAGGCCACUGGGUUUCUAGAUGCUCUGAACUCUGCCCCAGUGCCUGGGAUCAAGAUCAAGAAGAAGAAACCCAGUGCUAAUGUUCCAGUAAAUACCAAGGCUGUGUCCCCAACAUCUAACAAGGCAAGUCCAUUUGACAGCAAACCUGCAUAUUCUUCAUCUACUGCUAAACCAUCAUCUCCAGAAGCAGCUGCUUCCACCAAUCCCACUGAAGAGAACCAGGAGUCAGAGCAGCCUAGGACCCCUGUUCCCUCUGAGGACCCUGAGGCCUCCGACAACAGUGAGAAACCUAAUGCUCUGGCAGAACCGUGUGCAGAGGAAGAAAGCUUGACCAAGAAGGGCAAGAAGAAGAAGACGGUUCACUGGGCUGAGGAGGAGCAGCUCAAACACUACUUCUACUUUGAUCUGGAUGAGACAGAAAGAGUCAACGUCAACAAGAUCAAGGACUUUGGUGAGGCUGCCAAACGAGAGCUGAUGAUGGACAGGCAGACAUUUGAGAUGUCACGUCGCCUCUCCCACGACACCAUGGAAGAGAGGGUUCCCUGGACGGCCCCACGGCCCUUGGUGCUUACCGGCAGCCUGGUCGUCCCCGGGGCAAACAGCACAGAGAAACUCACCCAGAGAGAUCGUGAGAUGGGCAUUCUGCAGGAGAUCUUCCUCAGCAAAGAGAGUGUGCCUGACUGUCCUCAUGAACCAGACCCAGAGCCAUAUGAACCCAUGCCUCCCCGUCUCAUCCCCCUGGAUGAGGACUCUUCCAUGGAUGAUGGCUAUGUUGAGCCCAUGGACACCACAUCACAGCCGGGUUCUGCCAUGGCCCAGAACGAAAGCUCCAAGCUGCCGCCUGUCCUGGCCAACCUCAUGGUCAACUUGAGCAACAGCUCUCGGAGCCCACAAGCUAUUAACACUGUCAACAGCCCAGUGGCCCCCUCUGUCAAUGUGCAGGAGCUGCUCUCAUCCAUCAUGGGUGCUUCGGGUAACCAGUCUACUGAAGACUUGAUCAAACAACCCGACUUCUCAGACAAGAUUAAACAGCUACUGGGUUCCCUGCAGCAGACCCAGACCCAGAACCCGGGCGGACCUCCACCAGUCAUCCAGGGUUUAUUGGGUCAUGGUCCCGUCAUGACUAAUAUGAACAAUAUGAACAACAUGCACAUGCAGAUGCCCAUGCCCAUGAACGGUGGCUACCCACCCAACAACCCGCCUGGUGGUCCCCGCUUCAACCACCCCCCACCCCCUCACAACCAUGGACCACCUUUUAAUCCUGGCGGAGGCCCGCGCAUGAUGGGGCCACCUCCAGGCCAGGGCCGAGGGGACAAUGGCAACUACUGGGUAGACGACUCCAUGAGAGGAGGGCCCCACAGAGGGGGUCACUUUCACCGGGGAGGCCGGGGCCGAGGAGGAGAGCCAGGCUUCAGGGGCCGAGGACGAGGAGGGCCCAGAGGAGGACACAACAACAUGACCGACAUGUCCAAGAGGCCGGUGUGUCGUCACUUCAUGAUGAAGGGAAGCUGCAGGUAUGAGAGCAACUGUGCUUUCUACCACCCUGGUGUGAAUGGACCACCACUGCCCCCCAACCACCCCGCUAACAACCAACACAAUCAGCACCCACAGCACGGACACUAGGUGACACUGCUGCCAUCGGAUCAACUCUGCCAACUGCUGACCUCUAACAGAGCCACCCUCUGAUCAAACCACUGCAGGAGGCUGUGGUGUGUGAGUGACAGAGAACAGACACUGAGGCUGUGUGAUGAUCACGAACGGGACUGUUUUUAUUGUGAUCAUUUUUAACUGCGACUGAAACAAGCCACCACAAUUGACCACUAUGUCUGAGCUGCUGCAGCCUGCUGCCUGUGUGCUCCGUCACUUUCCACACUUUGAACAUGAUCGACCAAACGGAAAUGAAAGCUUUCCCCAUGACUGAAUUCCCUCUUAUAGUGGCUGGUGUCCUGUGAACCUAAAUGUGAUGUUUCUUUCCCUUUAGUUUGUCUCAGCUGUUGAUUGAUUGGUCAGGUUUGCCCAGAAGAGUCAGAAAUGUUUUUGAUUUUUACAUGAUUCUUUAAAUGUGUGACAAACACCAAUGAAGCACUUAAUGAAGAUAAAGGCCAACAGAAUUUAGCCACAGUUAUGAUUUAUUGAAACAGGGACUGGAGAAGAACUACAUGAUAUUUAAAUUGCUUUAUUUCACCCAGUCCCCAGAAAAAUGUAUGAAUGAACUCUGUUGAGGAGGGUGUCGUUUUUUCUUUUCUUACAGCAGCAAGUAUUGAAUGUGAAGUAGAAGCAACAGCAGUGUAUGUUGUCGUGUGAGCUUCCUGCAUGUGAUCUGGCUCAGCAGCUUGAGGUGUGUGUGUGUGUGUGUGUGUGUGUGUGUGUGUGUGUGUGUGUGUGUGUGUGUGUGUGUGUGUGUGUGUGUGUGUGUGUGUGUGUGUGUGUGUGUGUGUGUGUGUGUGUGUGUGUGUGUGUGUGAGUGUGUGUGAGUGUGUGUGUGAGUGUGGGGGUGUGUGGGGGUUGGCCCUGUUCUCUCUGAGAGACAGGCAAUAUCGAGGGGAAUGAAUAGUGAAUCUCUGGGAAGACUUUACUCUUCCCUGUGUGCGUGCGUGAGCAUCAAACAUGAUGUGGUCCAGCCAAAAGAGCAGCUCCUCCCAGUAGGGGCAGACACGACGGUAUGAGUCAGACAAGAAUGAUGGUGAAUUGCUCUGUAGAUCAGCUAUUUUCAAUGUUUUCUGUGAAAACAGUUACCUUAUUGUCUCAUGUGGGACUGUAAGAAUGUCAAGUUUUUUGUUGCUCUCUCCACCCUCCAUGUUUUUUCUUUUAAAUCAUAUUUUCAGUUGAAAUCUUUUGUACACUCUGUUGAAUAAAUGCCCAAAUAUGAAUGUA